CUGUGCUUCCUCUCUUCUCUGCCUGUGAUGCCUGUGACGACUCCUUGCGCCGACAGUUGAUACGUCCCAGGGAGACUGCCCCCUUCCUUCCAGGUUUUUUCUUUCCCCCUCCUCCUGCAGUGUGCCACGAGGCGUAACCCCAGGCACUUGCGUGUGCGCGCGCGCGAUCAAAGACAUACAUACAUACCCCAACAAGCAUGUCUCAGCCAUCGCCAACAUCUGCCGAGAAGCCCGCCUCCGACGUCGUGCGCACGGUCGCGGACCCGGACAUUGACGAGGAGAGCGAGGCGCUCAAUGGCUACGUCGUCGACCCAAGCCGAUACCCUGACAAUGCCGCGCGGCUCAAGACCAGCGCCGAUGGGCGCUACGUGCUUAUCCCGCAGCCGCUCGACACGCCCGACGAUCCGCUCAACUGGAAUUCGCGGAGGAAAUGGGCCCUGGUCGCCAUCAUGGCGUACAUUGCUUUCCUGGCGGAUUAUACGGGUGGCACGGCCAUCAUAACGGUCAUCCACCAGUCGUUCGAGUGGCAUCUCUCGCAGGCCGAGGUCCAGCGCGCCGUUGUUGGUAACCUCUUCACCAUCGGCGCCUGCGGGCUCUUCGUCGUACCCCUGGCGGCCUACUUUGGGCGAUGGCCCGUCACCUUCAUCUUCCAGACAGUCAUGGUGGCCACCUGCGCGUGGUCUGGCGCGGCCACCAGCUUCCAGUCGUACCUCGCGGCGCGCAUCAUCAACGGCUUCUUCUGCAGCGUCGGCCAGGGCGGCGCGCUCAUGUGGAUCAAGGACCUCUUCUUCUUCCACGAGCACCCGCGCGUCAUCAACUACAUUGAGUUUUCCAUCAUCCUGAGCCCCUACCUCGGCCCCCUGAUUGCGUCCUUUAUCGUGUCAGACGUGGACUGGCGCUGGGCGUUUUGGGUCUGCACCAUACUCUCCGGCCUCGGCUGGAUCCUGGUGCUGUUCCUCGACGAGACCUUGUUCGAUCGCAAGGCGCCCCCCGUGCCCAGGGGCUCGUAUGUGGGUCGACUCCUCGGAGCGCAGCAGGCGCGGUCGUGGAAGCAUCGCAGCCUGACGCAGUGUCUCGCACGGCCCGUCGUUGCCAUCACCAAGCUGCCCGUGCUGCUCGUCCUCGUCUACUACUUCCUCAACUUCGCGUGGGUCAUUGGCGUCAACACCACCAUCGCCAUCUGGCUGACCAACAUCUACGGCUUCGACACGCGCGGGCUCGGCUACUUUUACUUUUUCGGCAUCGUCGGCGUCCUGGCCGGGUGGUUCGCGGGCCACUUCCUGCACGAUGCCAUCGGCCGCUUCUACACGCGCCGCCACGCCGGGCGCCUCGAUCCCGAGGCCCGCCUCAUCAUCACGUACCCGGCGACGCUGAUCCUGUGCGUGAGCCUCAUCCUGCUGGGCCUGGGAUUCGAGCACCACUGGCACUACAUGGUGCUGGCCGUGUUCGCCGCCCUGCAGUGCUUCGGCGUCAUGAUCGUCACGACGGCCAUCAACGCGUACCUGCUCGACUGCUACCCCGAGGGGUCGGGCGAGGUGAGCGCUUGGGUCACGGCCAGCCGCAACUGGGCAGGCUUCAUGGCGACGUACAUUCAGAUCGCGUGGGUCGAGCGCGGAGGGCCGGCCAAGGCGCUGGGGGCGCAGGCCGGCAUCACGUUUGCUUCCGUCUUUUUCAUUGUGUUUCUGCAGAUAUAUGGACAGAGGCUGCGGCGAUGGCAGGGGAGGAUGGCCUUUGGGCACGCAAAGGCCAAGUAGGUCAUGAUGUUGCGUCGCGG